AUGUCUGAGAAACCCAAGAUUGGUUAUACUACGCCGAUCUUUGGCAAGCCGACGCGGGCGUCUGAGAAACCCAAGUUUUGUUAUCCUACGCCGGCCUUUGGCAAGCCUACGCCGGUGUCUGAGAAGCCCAAGAAUGGCCAUUCUACGCCAGCCUUUGGCAAGCCUAUGCGGGAGUCUGAGAAACCCAAGAAUGGUUAUGCUACGCCAAUCUUUGGCAAGCCGACGCGGGCAUCUGAGAAGCCCAAGAAUGGUCAUUCUACGCCAGCCUUUGGCAAGCCUACGCCGGUGUCUGAGAAGCCCAAGAAUGGCCAUUCUACGCCAGCCUUUGGCAAGCCUAUGCGGGAGUCUGAGAAACCCAAGAAUGGUUAUGCUACGCCAAUCUUUGGCAAGCCGACGCGGGCAUCUGAGAAGCCCAAGAAUGGUCAUUCUACGCCAGCCUUUGGCAAGCCUACGCCGGUGUCUGAGAAGCCCAAGAAUGGCCAUUCUACGCCAGCCUUUGGCAAGCCUAUGCGGGAGUCUGAGAAACCCAAGAAUGGUUAUGCUACGCCAAUCUUUGGCAAGCCGACGCGGGCAUCUGAGAAGCCCAAGAAUGGUCAUUCUACGCCAGCCUUUGGCAAGCCUACGCCGGUGUCUGAGAAGCCCAAGAAUGGCCAUUCUACGCCAGCCUUUGGCAAGCCUAUGCGGGAGUCUGAGAAACCCAAGAAUGGUUAUGCUACGCCAAUCUUUGGCAAGCCGACGCGGGCGUCUGAGAAGCCCAAGAAUGGUCAUUCUACGCCAGCCUUUGGCAAGCCUAUGCGGGCGUCUGAGAAACCCAAGUUUGAUUAUCCUACGCCGGCCUUUGGCAAGCCUACCCCGGUGUUUGACAAGCAUAAGUUCGGCCAGCCCAUGUCAAAAUAG